AUUUUAUGCAUAUAAAAUCGAUGACUUUAUUUUACGGGAAAGGGUUAUCUUAAUUUUGGUCGGGAUCGGCCUGCGGCCUUCUUUUAUUAUUUAAGUCUGGAAGCUCGGGAUCAACAUCCUUUUCCAAAAGUUGCUGAAUAGGAGUAGGUUGAAAAAUUGUAUGGGAGAAUUUUUUUUAAAUUAUAUGCUGUAAAGUUCUUGCAUCCGCCUUAAAUAUAUAUGAAAUUUCAUUAACGGAUAGACAAGUUAAUUGUGUUUUACAUUAAUUUUAAUCUGGCGUCUAUAUUUUCUAUUGAUGGGGCCGGAUUAAAAGCAGGGUGUUAUCAGUAGGCACUAUACAUAUAAUUUGUAUUCUUUUUUUGAAAAUCGUGUUUUUAAUUUCAAGUGAGUUAUUGUAUGUGUAUUGUUCAUUUUAAUGAGCGGAAAUGCCACCAAAAAAUAAUAAGCGGAAUUGCAGACACCACGAGGGGAAGGGAUCAAGGUCAAAGAGGUCAAGACCCGAGCGAUCAGCUCCAUCCACUGACGAUCAGGCAUCUCAGGAACCAGGUCCAUCACGAAGCAGGGAAUGCGCCAUCGCAAUAGAAAGUGAAGAUGUGGCAACCGUGAACCAAAGUUUGCCCCCAACACCUGUUCCUGCUUUAGCUAUUCAAUCAGUGGUACCGCUUCAAGAGGUUGGCACCAGAGGCACACACCAGACCAGACCCAAUUCCAUUAGAAUUAGUCAACAUGAUUUACAGAUUCAAAUGAACAAAUUGUUAGAUGCUUCAAUCUCCAGCAACACCACGACAUCUUAUGAAACAGGGCUAAGAUCAUUUUUUAAUUUCCGGAGAGAAUUUGGGUACGAGAUUUUAUGGCCCCCACCACUCAGGGACGUUGUUCAAUUUGUUUCUUAUUUGUCACUUAAGAAAUGUUCUUAUGCUACGGCUAGGUCUUACUUAUCAUCCAUUAGUUUUCAAUGCAAAGUUCAAAAUUUGGUUGAUGAAACAAAAAACUUCCUUGUUCUGAAGGUUCUUGAAGGUAUGAGAAGAAUUGGUAGGUCUGCUGAUGCAAGGUUACCUAUAACCUUGGAAUUACUCAAACAACUUGUGGAGACUUUACCAGAGGUCCCUGAAGUUACAGUGUGGUGUGUGGGCUCAUCUAUUAUCAAGAAUGCUAUGAUGGCAUCAGUAUGCAGACCGGGGGGAUCAAAUCUAGGACUGGAUAGGUUGAAUAUGAAUAUUUGGUGGCAAGGAUAUUCAGGUUUGAAGUUUUUGGAGCUGAAAAGAAAGCUCUUUUUUCUAACACAAUAUGAAGAAUCACCAGACUACUUAAUUAUUCACUGUGGGGUGAAUGAUAUUGGGGCUAUUGAUCUGUUUUCAUUAAUUCAAAAAAUUAAAACCCACUUACAAUUUAUUAAAGUUCAAUUUCCACAGUCCACACUUGUUUGGUCACAGAUGCUUCCACGAAUUAAAUGGAGGUAUUCUAAUGAUAACAAAGCAAUGGAGAGAUGCCGUCUCAAGGCCAAUAGGGUAGCUGCCUCAUCAGUUUUAAAAUUGGGGGGUUGUUACAUUAAGCACCCUGAUCUGUUGAGAAACAUGUCCCAAUUUCUGAUGCCUGAUGGCGUCCAUCUCAACGAGUUAGGAAAUAAGCUCUUCCUCAAUAAUUUCCAAGGGGGAUUAGAAUUCUUCCAGUCGCAACUGGGGCAGGUAUAUCCUUAAAACUUGUUCCAGAGAACAUUGGUUCGUGGGGGCUUUUUUCAGUUACUUGGGUGCUCCCCCAUGUGUGGGAUGACUGCGAACUCUCCUUUAAUUGUUCGCUGUCAUGUGGCGCUUGCGCACACCAAAGCAACUGAGGCCUAUGUAAGCUUUGUAUUAUUGUGAAGUUGUCACCAUUGAACUGUGAAGGGGGGUAAAAUGCUAAACCAUUUUGUUUGUAAAAUAUUUGCUUGAUGUGGAUUCACAUUGUUUUGUGCAUAUAACUUGCAUUUAAAUAAGUAACCACCCGCGGUUUACCCGGGGUGGCCAUUUAACAUAUGUUGUGUGUUGUAUAAAUUUUGAUGCAUUUGUUGAUUUUGUGUGGGUUUGCCCAAAAGUUGUGUGUUUAUUGGCAUCCCACAAAGUAAUAUGCCACGGCCAAUGUUCGCCAAAUAAAACUAUAAAAUCACAUAUCUUGUUCUUAUUUCCUUGUAUAAAUAAUACCAUCUAUUUUAUGCAUAUAAAAUCGAUGACUUUAUUUUACGGGAAAGGGUUAUCUUAAUUUUGGUCGGGAUCGGCCUGCGGCCUUCUUUUAUUAUUUAAGUCUGGAAGCUCGGGAUCAACAUCCUUUUCCAAAAGUUGCUGAAUAGGAGUAGGUUGAAAAAUUGUAUGGGAGAAUUUUUUUUAAAUUAUAUGCUGUAAAGUUCUUGCAUCCGCCUUAAAUAUCCCGCCCACCCUUUCCCAAUUUGUUUAGGAAAUAAAGUUUUCAAUGCAGAUAUAUGCUUGUUUUUUGUUUUUUCGCUGCUGGCUUUUCCUUUGAUUUUGCAGAUUAUAACAUUGGAAGACGUAUCUAUUGGUUCUUUUCAAGAAAUGUCGUGGCAUAAGCACUGAUGUGGCGCUUGCGCACACCAAAGCAACUGAGGCCUAUGUAAGCUUUGUAUUAUUGUGAAGUUGUCACCAUUGAACUGUGAAGGGGGGUAAAAUGCUAAACCAUUUUGUUUGUAAAAUAUUUGCUUGAUGUGGAUUCACAUUGUUUUGUGCAUAUAACUUGCAUUUAAAUAAGUAACCACCCGCGGUUUACCCGGGGUGGCCAUUUAACAUAUGUUGUGUGUUGUAUAAAUUUUGAUGCAUUUGUUGAUUUUGUGUGGGUUUGCCCAAAAGUUGUGUGUUUAUUGGCAUCCCACAAAGUAAUAUGCCACGGCCAAUGUUCGCCAAAUAAAACUAUAAAAUCACAUAUCUUGUUCUUAU